AUGUUGCUCGUAUACGUUUCUCAACAAGGUACAAUUUGCUAUGGACUCUUUAUUUUUAUCAUCGGUGUAGUGGGUAAUGCAAUAAAUAUUUUUAUUUUUGGAAGUGUUCACAAGUAUCGUACAACAGUAUCUACAUUCUAUUAUCUUAUUGGUUCAAUUGUGAACUUUAUUUUAAUGUUUACUAAUGUAGGUAUGCGCAUUGUAUAUGAUGGAUUUGUUUUUGAACCAGGUAGUAAUUCAAAUGCCGUGUGUAAAAUCAGACGAUUCUGCAAUAUUACAUUCGGUAUGAUGUCGCUAUGUUUCUCAUGUUUGGCUACAAUCGAUCAAUAUUUUGCUACAUCACCAAAUGUUCGUGUACGUAAUUGUAGUAAUAUUAAAUGGGCCCAUCGUAUUACAGUUAUUGUUAUUAUCAUUUGUUGUUUACAUGGUAUUCCUUACCUUAUCUUUGCUAAUCUUUCACCAGUCACCGGUGUUUGUCGAUAUAUAGAUGCUAUCUUCGAAGUUUACGUACCACUAUUCAUUGUGAUUGUGCUCGUAAUUAUAGUUGGCAUUGUGAUGAUCAGUUUUGGAUGUUUAGCAUUUCGAAAUAUUGAACAAACAACUAUAUUGGCUGAUCAAGGAGCUCAAAAACAACUAACAAGAAUGAUCUGCAUGCAAGUGAUAUUAGUUGUCUUUUGUCUUGCUCCCUAUGGUAUUUUCAAUAUCUAUAUGUGGUGCACAUCUGGAAUAAGCGUCACAGCAAAUCCUAAUUCUAUACAAGCUGUUGUCUCACAACUGUCUGGUCUCUUUAUGUGGACUAAUUAUGCGGGUAGUUUCUAUGUUUUUCUCAUCGCUUCUAGUAGUUUUCGUCGAAGAGUAAAAUGUCGAUUCCUUUGUUGGCGAAAUAAAAGUAGAAUCAAGCCAACUGAUCAAAUGUGA